CUUCAGGGUGCACCUUCGUCAGGCGAGCCCGCGGCGGGGGCGGAGCGAUUUGAUAGGAGCCGGGCUGCCCUGCGCACCGGCCGGCGACGGCGCCGGCAACCCGAAAGCCGCCGCGCGCGCGCCGGGCCGGCCUUGGCCUUUUUUCGCUACUCCCAGCUGAAUAAGCGGCGAAAUGGCGGCGCGGGCCCACGGCUCGAAACCCAAAUCGAAUGGGAACAAGAACGCGUCCGUCGUGUCCUACGACAAGGCGAGCUUCGAGUCGCUGGAUGGCAGCUGCGCGUCGAGCGAGUCGCACAUCAUCUCCCCCCAUCCAGGGUCGCGCGAACUGCCGCCGAGCCGCGACGAGCGCGUGGACGGCUGGCUGCGGUCGACGCUGCGCACGGAGGAGCCGGUCCAGCCGGCGGCGCGGGCUUCAGUAACAGGCGGGGACCUCAUCGCGGCGGCCGCCGCGGGCGACCUCGAGGCGCUGCGGCGGGCGUCUCCGUCGGGCGUUGAUGAGGGAAAUUUUGAUGGGAGGACCUGUUUACACCUCGCGGCGUCGAAUGGUAGAUUGGACGUCGUCGCGUGUCUGGUGGACGAGCUCGGCGCCGCGACCAACGUCGUUGAUAGGUGGGGCGGCACGCCGCUCGACGACGCCGUCCGCCAUUCGCAUGCGGAGGUCAAGGAGUUCCUGGAGGGGCGCGGCGCGGUGCGGGGCGUGUCGCAGCCGGGCGAGUGGGACGAGGGCGCUGACUUAUGUGACGCGGCCGUCAAGGGCGACACGAGUAGAUUGAGGCGGUUAGCUCAACAAAAGCAAAAGGGCAGCAACCAGGCGGACUACGACGGGAGAUGUGCCUUACACCUAGCGGCCUGUGCCGGGCGGCUCGACGUCGUCAAAUUGCUGGUUGAGGAGCUCGGGGCUGCUUUAGAUGUCUCAGAUCGGUGGAAGGGCACGCCGUUGGACGAUGCGGAGCGCGAGGGCCAGGAGCACGUGGCGGCGUACCUCCUCGCAAGGGGCGCGCCGCGCGGCUUCCGCGCAAGGGGCAGCAGCUUGGCGCGGCGGUCGCGCGGCUCGCUGACGGACCUGCCCGAGGAACUAGAUGAUGUCGAGGAACUCGAUGACGUCGACGUGCAGGUGCGAGUGACGGAGGCGUGGCUCGCCGCGCUGCGGGAACGCAAGUACGUCGAGAAGUUCGACGCCGACGCGGAAGACGACGCGAGCGACGCGGCGAUGCCUUUGUUUAAGCCCGGUUCCGUGAUUGCGGAGUCCGUCGAGUUUGACGUGGACAGCUGGGAGUACGACGUGAUUAAGCUCCAUGAGCAGACAAAUGGCCACUCGUUGGCGGUCGUCGGGGCGCGUUUGUUACAAAGGCACUCCCUCAUUGAGCGAUGUUCACUAGAUACCAAGGUAGUACAAAACUUCUUCGCGGCCGUCGAGGCGAACUACGGCGGAAACCCGUACCACAACUCGCAGCACGCGGCCGAUGUAAGUGUUGGCGUCCACUUAUUUUUGACGGAGCACGGGUUGAUGGAGACGCGGUUUUCCGAUCCCGUGGCUUGUCUAGCUGUUAUAUUGGCGGGCGUCGUGCACGACUUCGCGCACCCCGGCACCACCAAUCCCCACGAGGUCAAGGCCGCCACGAAACGACAUAAAGCUUUCGGCGACUCCGGCGUGCUCGAGAAGUUUCACGUGCGGGCGGCCUUCGCGCUCAUGCGCGAUGCCCGGCUCAAUAUCUUGGCGCCGUUGGAUCACGCGGGCUACGCACGAGCGAGGCGGACGAUGGUCAAGGCCAUCCUGGCGACGGACCUGGGACGGCACAUGGCUUAUGUGGAACGAUUAAAUGAGAUGGCCCUGGUCGAGGGCUCGCGGUCGCACUCGAACCGGGUCAAUUCGUCGAAGGAGCAGACGUGGACCUCGCCGUUGCUAGAUCCUGAAAAAUGUGGAAGAGAUUUAGUAGCGGCCGUGGCGCUGAAGUUUGCUGAUCUCGGCCACGCCUGCAAGCGGAGAAAUCUCCACGAGGAAUGGACGGCGCGGAUCACGAACGAGUUCUGGACGCUCGGUGAAAGGGAACGACACUUGGGCGUGGCCGUCUCGCCCUUAUGCGAUCGGGAGAAGGACAUCGACGUGGCCAAGAGCCAGGUCGGCUUCUUCUCGUUCAUUUGUUUGCCCUUUUUUGCGGUGGUGGCCGACUUGGUCGACCCGGACUGGCAGCUGCUGGCGCGGCUGCGCCAGAAUUUGAGGUACUGGCAGAACAAGAAGAACGCGGAGCGGUGGCUCGCCACCGCCCAGCUGCAGGGCCCGCUGCAACGGCCCGUCUCCUGAGCACCCGUUGCAUCGCGUGCGAACGCGAUGCAACGGGUGCCGGACAUUUAUUUUCAUGUCGCGCUCAUCGACGCGCCCUGAUUUCAUGAAGGAGACUUAGGCCGUGGGCGCCACGUGCCACGGCCCGUCUCCCGACUCCCCCGCCAGCGACGCCGCCCCCGCAGGACUGCCUCUCGGUAGUUUAACCCCGCGGCGGCGACGCCCCCUUCCCCCACCUGCUUGAUGUGCACAUAGUAAACUUAAUUCCUGAUCAAUCUC